UUGCAGGAGGAAAGCAGUAGAAGAAGAACAGUACGCUACAUUAAUAAAUUAAUGUGUGCUUUAAUACUGCUGAGGUUUUUUGCGUUAUACCUGUUUAAUGAAAGUUUCUGGCUUUUAACAUGGAACAGACAGCUCACCAACACCGCGGCUUCCUCUCCUGCAGCUGCACCUCUCAAAAGGAGUAACACGUUCUGUGGAUGAUAAACUGCUCAAUAAGUGUGUCAAGAUGAUGACUGAUAUCAUCGUGUUGUGUUUCACUUUGGCCAUCUCCGUGUCCUUCUGGAUCAUAUCCAUAGCUAUCAGUGCUUACUCCGGUACAUUGCAGCCUGUGUCUCCGUGGCGAUGGCUGUUCUCAGUUCUGGUCCCACUUAUUAUCACAUCUCGUGCUCUGAAGAAAAAGAGUCUUGAUUUUGGUGGUUGUUUGGGCGCAUUGCUCGUUGGUUUUAUUCUCACCUUGGCCAACAUGAGCUUCUUGGCAGCUUUGUUUGCCUUCUUCAUCACCUCCAGCAAGCUGACACGAUGGAAGGGUGCGGUCAAGAAACGCAUCGACUCUGAAUAUAAAGAAGGUGGUCAGAGGAACUGGAUCCAGGUUUUCUGUAAUGGAGGCGUGCCAACAGAACUGGCUUUGCUUUACAUGAUCGAAGUUGGCCCAGGUGAGAUGCCUGUAGAUUUUACGAUGCAGUACUCCGCAUCGUGGAUGUGCUUGUCACUCCUGGGAGCUUUGGCUUGCAGUACAGGUGACACUUGGGCUUCGGAAAUUGGUCCUGUUCUCAGCAAGAGCCAACCCAGGCUCAUUACCACAUGGAAGGAAGUCCCAGCAGGUACCAAUGGAGGAGUGACUGUUGUUGGUCUUGUAGCUAGCUUGCUCGGUGGAGCCACUGUGGGCACGGCUUACUUCAUGUCUCAGCUGCUGCUGGUUAGUGAUCUGCAUUUGGCAGCCCCUCAGUGGCCUAUUGUUGUGUACGGCACUGUGGCGGGCUUACUCGGCUCGUUGCUCGACUCUUUGCUGGGUGCGGUCAUGCAAUAUUCAGGCUAUGAUGAAAGCACUGGGAAGGUUGUCAACUUUCAGGCUCCAAAAAUAAAGUGGAUAUGUGGGAAACCCAUUUUGGAUAACAAUGGAGUAAACCUCUUCUCCUCGGUCCUCAUAGCUCUGAUCCUGCCAGGAAUUGCAUGGGGUGUCUGGCCCACGCGCUGAUCCAGUAAAGGACACUGUGUACAGCUGCUAUUGGAUUUGCAACAAAUGUGCUUGCAAGUCAGUUAGAUGCCCCUAGCUAGUGUGUUUUUUUUUUUUUUUUAAAUUUGGGAUCAUAUGGGCCUGACCUGGAGAUGAAAUCGUUAGAUUAAAAUCCAUCUUUUGGUGUGAUUAAUGUGAAUAUUGUGUUACAAUUUUAGUGACUCUUAUUAAAGAUUAUUUUAAAGA